ACAUCUCCAUCAACCAAACACUCCUCAGCGACGGCUUCGACGGAAUAUUCUUUUUCCGGUGAUGAACAGCCGCUCGCCGUCACCUCUUCACCAUCACUGCAGCUACUUCCUAUGGAGAACUCGACCUCCGCCGGAAUUUCAGAGGCCACUCCUGGGAUUUUGCCGUCGGAACUCCCACCGUCGAAAGCAAGCUCACCAAUCACCGUCCCUUCUCUGGAAAAUGGCGCCUCAGAUGACCGAAACCCUCAUCUGCACUUUGAGGAGCAAUUAAUCCCGACCCAACACAUGGCAGAUCAGGCCAAUAUUGGGCCAAUACAGAUUGGGCCUAACCCCCAAGUCUCACAGAAAACGGUUCUCUACCAGCCCACUAACACCUCCCCUCUUUUGGGCUUAUCUAAUUUCGGACCCAUUCAAUCAACCUCACAAAAUCAGGACCAGCCCACUUCACCCCACCAUUUUACUCUCCCUUCUCAGCCCGCAAUGCUCACACAACACACAACCCAGCCAAUAAACCCACAGCCCGUUACAACCAAUAUCCCAUCUCUAAUCUGCAUCCGCGGCAGCCGCUUCACGGCUUCAGACAGCCAUUCAAUUGCAGAGUUCGGCAACGACGAUCCGAUGCAGAUUCCAGUCGCCAGAUUCCGUCACCGCCGCCCGCCACCCAUGUCCGAGGCUUCAAACCCACCGCAGCAUCGCUGCGCCUUCAUCCCUCAGGCGGCAACCGCUUCAGGCCAAUCUACUCCGACUGUUCAGGAGACGUCCGCGGCGAAGACACUUCUCCAAUUGAAG